AUGUCAAGACAAAGCCAUUGUCUUCAGUCUUCACUGUGGGCACCAACUCAACUUAUUCUCUUGUCAGGCCUUCUGUUUUCAUCAUCAACGGCCUUUUCAUGGAAUCAGCGGCAAUCGAAUCUUGGACCUAGCAGACAAACCGGUACCAAAUACACAUCCACAAGAUCCUACUCAAGAGCAGUAGGUCAUAGUAAUAGCCCAUGGGCAUCGACAUCAUCAUCAACCAACACUAUCAAUUCAGCGUUAUCAUCCACAGCUGCAGCAUAUUCUGAUUAUGUUUCCAUUGAUCGAAGUGCUCCAAGAGAGAUUGACUACUUUCAAGGAUGGGCAGGUUCUUGUGGCGUUCAACCAGAGAAUGGAUUUUACCUUCAGGGACAGCUGGUCGAUGACAAUGAAGACUACUACGCUGCAACCUCAUCGGGUGCUGCCAGUGGUUCUCGGAUGCUUUAUGUGCCAGGUGAAAUGAUCCUAUCCGCAUACCAAAUUUCUCAAGAAUAUAAUGGAUAUAUCGAUGCUUCUCUACAAACGCUUGUUGAAAUGGAUAUGCAGCAUCUGCAAAAGCACUUUCAUCUAUUUCUCAAGAUCCUUGUGGAAUUUGAAAAAGGAUCCGAGUCGCCGUAUAUGCCCUGGCUAAAUGCUAUGCCACGAAAGUGGAAUACUGCUGCAUCAAUGGACAACUUUUGCUUGUCCGUGCUGCCACCAUACAUCAAAGCGGUGUGCCACACCGAGCGUGAUCAACUGGGGGCCUUCCGACGAGCACUGGGGGCGUUUGACUACGUUUCUCCUGAGACCAAGAACAAUAGUGAGCUAUUGAAAUUUGCAUACAACGUGGUGUUCACUCGUGCCUGGAGGUCAGAUGAAGGCGACUAUCGGAUCGUUCCAGUAGCGGACAUGAUCAAUCACGAAUAUCCCGACAAUUGCGUUAUUUGCUACAAUGAGAAUGGAGGAUGCGAGGUCUAUGCGAAGAGGGAUAUUUCUGCUGGUGAAGCCUUGACGAUGUCCUACGGAACACCAACGAAUCCGUCCAAGCUUCUCGCAACGUACGGGUUCCUUCACCAACCACCAGCAACCUUUUGCAAAAUCGUUGUUUCCAAUCCUUCUGAAGAAUUGAAAUCGGUCGGAUAUGAUCCAAAUCGUAUGGUAUUCUUUUCUGACGGCUCAAUAGCACAAGAUGUAUGGGAUGUCUUGCUGUAUCAUCGAUUGGAACGAAAACCAGAGUUGGCUGCAGUCAAAGAUGCCUUCUUCCAGGCUCACAUGUCAGGAGAUGAGCAAACCAAAAACUCAAUUCACAACCAAUUCCAAAGGGAGACUGUUGGCGCACUCCUGCGGCAUGUCAAUCACAUCUUGGCAGAAGUCGCAGAAUUGACGUACAAGAUGAAUUCGUUUGAUUCAAGUCAACAUCCGCGACUGCCGCUGCUUCUCAAACACCACGCUAUGGUGACCGAUACAUUCACGAAAGUGAGAGACUUUUUGAUGGAUUUGCAAGGAUAA